GGUUAAGCUUUUAAAGUUUGGCAUCACUGUCAUUUCAAGCAUUCGCCAUCAGUUUUGCGAUUUCAUAUCGGUUUACUAAAUAAAUUUAAUAAAUAAAAUGGUCCAAAAAAGCGUUAAUCCAAUAAACAUACUCAAAAGCAUUUACCACAAUGAAUUCCAGUGGUCCGUGUUGAAGAGUUUUGGGCUUUUCCUAUUAGGCGUACGCAUCGCAAAAGAAUUUACAGGAUUGGAAAUAAUGCCAGCGAUAGCCCAACACUAGUAGCAAUUAUGUUAAAGAUUCCAUAGAAACUGUUAUUAUUAUAUUCCUUUGUAAUAGAGUGUGGUUGAAUGAAAACGUGCAAAAUUUGUUGAAUAACCACACUAGUAUAAUAUUAUACUUUAUUUAUCAAUUGAUGUAUUUCAAAAUGUUAUAAUUUCAUUAAUAAAUAGGUCAAAUAAUA